GUAUCUUUAGAUUAGCGGUGAGUCCAAAAUGGCAAUGGAGGCGGAGGUACCUCUACUCAAUCACAAUGAUGCUAACCGUUGGCGGAAAUUGGGCGAAGAUAUGAAGCGUGUGAAUCUGAUCGCGCUGCCCAUGAUAGUUGUGACGUUAUCUCAGUACCUUCAGCGCACCUCCCCAUUGUUCAUGUUAGGCCAUUUAGGCGAACUCUCUCUCUCUAGCGCCUCCAUCGCCACCUCUUUCUCCAAUGUCACCGGGUUCAGCUUACUCUUCGGAAUGUCUAGCGCUUUGGAGACUCUAUGUGGGCAGGCUUACGGCGCGAAGCAGCUGCAGAGAGUUGGGACUUUCACUUGUGGCGCUAUCCUGUGUCUGUUUAUUGUGUGCCUCCCUGUUUGCGUGCUUUGGAUUUACACGGAGGAGUUGCUUAUAUUUGUGGGGCAGGAUCCUUUGAUUUCAGCUGAAGCUGGAAAGUUCACCAUUUAUCUCAUCCCUGCGCUCUUUCCUUACGCUAUUCUGCAGUCCCUCAUUCGUUACCUGCAGGCGCAGAGUUUAAUCCUCCCCAUGCUCUGGACCUCAUUACUCUCCCUCUUCUCCCAGUUGCUCCUCUGCUGGGCUUUUCUGUUCAAGUUCAAUCUUGGAAACCCUGGGGCCGCCUUCUCCAUUGCCAUAUCCUGUUGGUUUAACGUUGUUUUGCUUCUGCUUUAUGUCAAAUAUUCACCUGCCUGUGACAAAACUCGUGCUUCCUUUUCCAUGGAUGUUCUUCUCACCAUGUGGGACUUCUUUCGCUUUGCUGUCCCGUCCGCUGUAAUGGUCUGUUUGGAGUGGUGGUCGUUCGAGCUAGUCAUAUUGCUCUCAGGACUGUUGCCAAAUCCACAGCUGGCCACAUCCAUUCUUUCUAUAGGUUUUGCCGUUACUUCACUGCACUAUUACAUACCCUACUCUUUUGGUGCUGCUGCAAGCACCUUGGUGUCGAACGAGCUUGGAGCAGGGAAGCCAGAGGGAGCUCGAGCUGCUGUGUAUGCAGUGCUAGUGUUGGCGGUAGCAGAGUUCCUGAUAGCCAGCGCGACCAUGUACUCGUGCCGCGGUAUUUUAGGGUAUGCAUUUAGUGGGGAGAAAGAAGUGGUUGAUGGCGUGAAAACAAUGGUUCCUCUGCUUUGCCUGUCUACCAUCAUGGAUAGCGCACAGGGAGUGCUUUCAGGAGUGGCGAGAGGAAGCGGAUGGCAGCACAUAGGGGCGUACGUGAAUCUUGGGUCAUACUAUAUAGUUGGGAUCCCGGUGGCUUUGGUGAUGGGGUUUGUGUUGGACUUUAAGGGGAAUGGUCUUUGGAGUGGAUUGGUAGCAGGGGCAACUGUGCAGUCUAUCUCACUUUCUCUCAUUACAUCUCUCACAAAUUGGGACAAACAGGCAAGGGAGGCUAGAGAAAGAGUUUUUUCUCAAAAAAUUCCAGUGGACCAUUAAAUCCGUUUUAGGGUGAUGAUUCUUAUUCUUCACUUGUAAUGUAUUCUAAUAAGAGUACUACAUUCUUGUAUUCUAUUCUAGGAGCCUUUACUCUGUCGAACUUAAUGUCAUUUUUGUGUUGCUGAUAGCAUUUCUUCACUAUCAAAUCCCACAAAUUUUAUUAUUUUGA